AAUCAAUACUGUUUUUAUCUUUAUCUCAUGUGAGAAGACCUUAUCAAAUUAAAAACAAAAAAACAAACAUAUACCCUAAAUAACUUUUUAAUUACUGUUUCACGAGGAUAACGAUCAAUUUGCCGCAGAUAAUGUUCCAUUUUAUUGGUUGUAAUGGCGCCAGAGAAUGUUGAUGACUAUAUGUCGUCAAGUCAACAAAGACUACAAAGACGAAGCCAAGUUGCUUUGUUUCUUCUUAGUUCUUGCUAGCCUGUUUUUUACUCCUUUUACAAACUCUUCCUUCUUUUUCUUUUUCGUCUGUCGUCUCCCUUCUCUCUCUCUCUCUCUCUCUUUCUCUCUCUCUCUAUAUAUAUAUAUAGAUAAAUUAAUCAGUGAUUUCUCUGCUCCAUCCAAAAAAUGAUGACAAUGGCUCCAUCCCAUGCAUUGAAGUUGGCUCUUCUCCUCUCAAGCUCCCUCAUUAUCCUCAACUUUUCUUGUCUUCCCGUCCAUGCCCUUAACCUCGGUAUUCAACAACGUACAGAUGUCUAUACCCCUGAUGAUCUGAAUGAAGGUCAUUGCACUAGAAAAUGCCAGUCAAAGUUCUGUAAAGUUUCUCCAAUUCUAAGAUAUGGAAAGUACUGUGGGCUCUUGUACGGUGGAUGCCCUGGGGAGCAGCCUUGUGAUGGUCUUGACACUUGUUGCAUGCAGCAUGAUAGUUGUGUGGAAGCUCAUAAACAUCAAUUUCUAAGCACAGAGUGUAGCCAAAACUUACUCAAUUGCAUGCAAAACUUCAAAAACUCAGGAGGCCAAGGGUUUGAGGGGAGCCACUGCAAAGUUGAUGAUGUGCUUCGUGUCCUUACUAAGACCAUCAAAGUUGCUUUAGCUACUGGAAGACGUCUUCAUAUACCCUGAGAUUUGAGACUAAAGUCUACUUCCUCAACACUUAAAAAGUUUAUAAGCCGAUGUGGUAGUCCAAAUAACACUUAUCAUGCCACUUAUUAAAAUGUGAGCUUUUACGUGACAUUCUCUUUUAUAAAAUAUGGAAUGCUAUAAUAUGAGUUUGUAAGAA